ACAAAAUAAAAAUGAAAUUCUGUUGCGCAUUCGUGAUACUUCUGCUUGGCUGCUCCAUGGUCAGGGCUGGCCCUCAGGGCCGCAUUGCUGGCGGCGAGGAUGCCGUUCUGGGUCAAUUGCCCUAUCAGGCGGCGCUGUCCGUUGGUGGCAGCUACAACUGUGGUGCAGUUAUCAUUGCCGAACGCUAUGCACUCACCGCCCUCACCUGCGUGUGCUCGGCCGGCAAGGAUACGGCGUGGCCACCACAGCUAUUUAUGGUUUCGGCUGGCACAGUGGAUCUGUACAAUGGCGGUCAACGCAUACGCGUGGAGGAAAUUACAGUGAAUCCCAACUACAAUGAACUGAAGACUGGCAUUGCUCUGCUGCGUCUCAGCGAGCCAAUGGUGUUCAAUAACGACGUCAGCGCCGUGCCCUUGGCCACAGAGAACCCUCCAUUGGGCGCCCUUGUCGACAUCUCCGGCUGGGGCCGCACCAAGGAUUCGGAAACCAAUAUGUACCGCACUUUGCAGGUAGGAUACGCCGUCAUUGAGGCGGAACGCCAGUGCCGUCUGGCCGAUGACAUCAUUGAGGCCAACAACCAGGUGCUCUGCCUGGGCCACCAGAGACGCCAAGGCAUCUGCGCCGGCGAUAUUGGCGGACCAGCAGUCUACGAAGGCGUCCUUGUCGGUCUGGCUGGCGAGAUCUUGGGCGAGUGCGGCGGCAUGUUGCCCGAGCGCUUCAUCAGCAUUGCGGCCAACCGCGAAUGGAUCCUGCAGAACAUGGAAUAACUUUCCCAAUAAAGCCAUCGCUCAAUCGUCUACAAUCAA